GACUUCAAACGGGGCCUAAAAGCAGCAGAACUGUCUUCUCCGAUAACAAGGAAGGCCUCGAGCCAUCAUGGCAGCAGGCGUGGCAGCAUGGCUGCCUUUUGCCAGGGCGGCCGCCAUAGGAUGGAUGCCAGUGGCCAACUGCCCCAUGCCACUGGCCCCCACGGAUAAAAACAAGAGGCAGGACGAGCUGAUCAUCCUGAACGUGAGCGGGCGGCGCUUCCAGACCUGGAGGACUACCCUGGAGAGAUACCCGGACACUCUUCUGGGCAGCACCGAGAAGGAGUUCUUCUUCAACGAAGACACUAAGGAAUAUUUUUUUGACCGGGACCCUGAAGUCUUUAGGUGCAUCUUAAAUUUUUACAGAACUGGCAAGCUGCACUACCCGCGAUAUGAGUGCAUCUCUGCCUAUGACGAGGAGCUCGCCUUCUACGGGAUCCUACCUGAAAUCAUUGGGGACUGCUGCUACGAAGAGUACAAAGAUAGGAAGCGGGAAAAUGCCGAGCGGCUGAUGGAUGACAACGACUCGGAGAACAACCAAGAAGGGUCCAUGCCAUCCCUCAACUUCCGGGAGACCAUGUGGCGAGCCUUCGAAAACCCCCAUACCAGCACCUUAGCCUUAGUCUUUUACUAUGUCACCGGCUUCUUUAUUGCCGUCUCUGUGAUCACUAAUGUGGUAGAAACCGUCCCCUGUGGCACGGUGCCGGGGAACAAGGAGCUUCCAUGUGGGGAGAGGUACGCUGUGGCUUUCUUCUGCUUGGACACAGCUUGCGUUAUGAUAUUCACCGUCGAGUAUCUUUUGAGACUCUUCGCGGCCCCGAGUCGCUACAGGUUCAUGAGGAGCGUGAUGAGCAUCAUUGACGUGGUGGCCAUCAUGCCCUACUAUAUUGGCUUGGUGAUGACCGAUAAUGAGGAUGUCAGCGGAGCCUUUGUGACGCUACGGGUUUUCAGGGUUUUCAGGAUUUUCAAGUUCUCCCGCCAUUCGCAAGGCUUACGAAUCUUGGGCUACACUCUGAAGAGCUGUGCCUCUGAACUUGGCUUUCUCCUCUUUUCCCUCACUAUGGCAAUCAUCAUCUUUGCUACAGUGAUGUUUUAUGCAGAGAAAGGAUCCUCAGCUAGCAAAUUCACCAGCAUCCCAGCUUCCUUUUGGUACACUAUUGUAACCAUGACAACUCUUGGUUAUGGUGACAUGGUGCCCAAGACCAUUGCCGGGAAGAUCUUUGGCUCCAUUUGCUCGCUGAGUGGGGUGCUGGUCAUUGCUCUGCCGGUUCCAGUUAUUGUUUCCAACUUCAGCCGAAUUUACCAUCAGAAUCAGAGAGCUGACAAACGAAGAGCACAAAAGAAAGCCCGGCUGGCAAGGAUCCGCGUGGCCAAGACAGGCAGCUCCAACGCAUACCUUCACAGCAAACGCAACGGCCUCCUGAACGAAGCCCUGGAGCUGACGGGAUCUACUGAUGAUGAGCAGCAUAUAAGCAAAUCCACCUCUCUGAUUGAAAGCCAACAUCACCACCUGCUGCACUGCCUGGAAAAAACAACUGGAUUGUCCUAUCUUGUGGAUGAUCCCCUGUUAUCUGUACGAACUUCCACCAUCAAGAACCACGAGUUCAUAGAUGAGCAGCUGUUUGAGCAGAACUGCAUGGACAGCUCCAUGCAGAACUACCCGUCCACCCGCAGCCCCUCCUUGUCGAGUCAGCAGGGUCUGACCACGUCCUGCUGCUCGCGCCGCAACAAGAAGACCACGCACCUCCCCAACUCCAGUGUGCCGGCCACUCGCUUACGGAGCAUGCAAGAGCUCAGCACCAUCCACAUCCAGUGCAGCGAACAGCCAUCGCUUACAACCAGUCGUUCCAGUCUCAAUAUGAAAUCAGACGACGGGCUGAGACCGAACUGCAAAGCCUCCCAGAUCACGACAGCCAUCAUCAGUAUCCCCACCCCGCCAGCGCUGACGCCCGAAGGGGAGAGCAGGCCUCCGCCUGGCAGCCCCAGCCACGCCACGAACAUUUCCACCGCAAGCAGCAACAUAGUCAAGGUCUCUGCCUUGUAAGACGGUGUCACGCGAAGAAACUGGCUGGACCCCCGGCGUCCCUCCCCCUCCACACCUCCACGCUCCUUCCUUGCUGCAAUUUGUGCCUGGAUGGACCAACCUGACAUUUCGUCAUAGAAUUAGCGAUGGAGACCUAACAAGGCAGCUUUCUUCAAACUCGCAUUCAUGCCAUGGACUGACGAGGAGAGGGAGGAAGAGACAGGUGGGAGGAAGGGGCUGUGUGCGCGCGUGCGGGUCGAGAGCCUUGUUCCAGGAUGCGGAGCAGAAAAUUGCUUCUGGGGGCUGGAGAAGGAGAACCGUCAUGGCAACAAGAAAGUCAAUAAAAGAAACAGAAAUAUAACACUGUGGAUCUCAGCACCUUUUUAAAGGUUUUUAAUGGAUAAUAUUUAUUCAUGAGGAAAUGACUGAAAAGGUGAAAAAAAAACAAUGGAUUUUGUGAUUUUCUUUUUCUUCAUGGAGCAGAACCUUUAAUCAACCAAAAUUACACAUUUUUUUUUCUUUUAUAGGGAAAGAUUUAGACAAAGAAGCCACCUGUCACAGAAAUCGAUCUCCAUACUGUGUGCGUGUAUAAGUGUGUGUGUUUGUGCGCGCGCGCGUGCGUGCACAGGUGUGAGCCCCCAUCAGAGCGAUUCAGCUACAGAGAUCUGAGCGUGUUUUCAUGGCUCAGUGCACAAUAGGAAGGCAGUGGCACAAAUGUGUUGGCACACAUGUGCAUGCACACAGGCGCGCACACACACAGAUCAGUCUUUCACCCUGGAUGGCAUUCUUUACUUAGAUGAUUUUGUAACCGCCUUUUAAGUCAAUACAGUGCAAUUGCAAACAGCGUGUUUGUCUGCUAAUUAUUGUCUGUGAAAACAUAUUUGUGAAGAAAAAAGAAAAAAAAAAAAAAAGACAGGCUUCAGUAGCGUUUUAGUCCCACCCGGAUUUCUGCUUUCUAUUUUUGUUAUCACUUACUUGUAACAAGUGUGACUAGAUGACUAGUGCUGUAUUUUUCAAAAGGAAAAAUAAAAGUAGGAAUCUUUUUUUUUUUCUUUUUUUCUUCUUUUUUUUUUUUUUUAAAUCCUGUGCACACAAAUAGCAAAGAAGGCGAAAGCACUAAACUCAACUGCACUGGGUGUCCAUGAGUCCGACAGAAUGUACUCUGUAAUCUAUACCCAUGCUUUUCCAUUUUUUUAUAUAUAUACAUAUAUGCAGCCCAUUGUAAAUAGUAGCCACUGAGUGUCUGGAUCUAUGCUUGAUAAAAUGAACCUGGGAGCUGACCAUCUUGCAUGGACUGACAGGGUGUUUGGCUUUUUUUGUCCGGUCCCGUGGCUCCAAUCGGUUUAGCCAGUGGCUUCUAGGUUGCAUUGGCUUAGGAGGCAAACUAGGUUAGCAAUUUUAGUUCUUUCAUCCCAGCACAGGAGCUACCACGUGUGACCACGCGAGGAGAAGAAGGAGUGGUAUGGAGGGCUGGAAUACAUUUGAGAUGGGGUGGUACAGACAGAGCUUUCCUUUGCAGCUCUACUCAAGAGUCUGGGUAAAGUCACAUGCUUUUUAAUCAAUCAAAACCUGUAUCUCUGCGUAGUACUGCCACGAACCGCAAAUACAUCUAACUCGUCCUGUGGCGAACACUGACUGCUCUCUCUGAGAUCUUUCUCGGGCUCAUUUCCAACUGAAUGUUAUCCUCUAGGGAAAAUGGAAAUAAUUUCUUAUUUUGCCCUCCUUAGAUCCCCCGCAAGCGCAGUUCAGUAACCUCACUUAACAAUGAGGUAGGUCACCCCCAUGUGAUUACUGUGUUACCCUCAGAUAGAGUGUGAAGUCUUCUCAAGCGUUAUACAUGUGCCCAACAGAUCCAAGCACGAUUGUGGCCUUGUUGCGGUAGGGGCUGUACAAAUACACGGUCAGACACAAGUCCUGCCCCACGGAGCCGACAGGCUGCAGACAGUUAGGAGGCAUUUUGAGUUUCCCUUUCACCAAAGAGUAAAUAGCAAUUUUACUGACACACUACAAUUCGUAGCACUGUGAGGGAUUCUGGAAGGCGAGGGGUAGUUCUUCUUCCCUUACUUUUCAUGCCAUUACUCCCAAUUAUAUCCCCUUGCAUCAUUCUGUAUAAUUUAUACAUCUCGCCUCUUUAUAGAUCUCCCAAAAUAUAUACCACUGUCACACAGCUAGCUAGAGAUACCAGUCUCAAAAUACAAACGAUCAACCUUACCUGGCCGGCAUUCCUGGCCAAUUCCUCUGCGUAACGUGGAUGCUGACAGCUGACGGGUUCGUGCAGUAACCUCCUUAGAAACUCAUACCAUUUUAGGAAUAAUAAGGCUACAGCCAAGUUCUUGAUAAUGGCACCAGUUGAUGGUCAUUUGUCUCAGGGCAGCACAGCUCCCUUGGUACCUUCUCUCCAAGACCGUUCCAAACAGCUCGGGCACUGGGCUUUCUUGCUGCUUCUGUUUCUUCUGCAGCGGGGUUUCUUUAGGCUACAUCCAACCUGUGCUUUCUUGGUUGACUUUCACUGCCCCUCAUUAGACCUCAUUGUCCUCUCCUGGCCAUUGUUAGCCCGGCGGAGCAGGGGGCCAAAUCUCCAGUGACUUGCUGCUGUUUGCACCUAGUCAAAGCAUGAGUGAAAUGUUCCCCUGAGAUGCACCUAUAGGAAAAUGAUAAUGACUGUCCCUGUCUCAAGUCCUGUCAGGGUACUUGAUUGCUUUUCAAUCCAAUCUUUCCUGGAAAUUCACCAUUCUUGUUGCCAGUGGCUUCAUCAAGAAGAGCAGGACACAGUGGCCAGAGCCCCUCUUUGCCUGGUGGGAUCGGGCUGUCCUGUCUUCGCCGCAAUGUGAACAGGAGAGAUCCUUCUUAAUGAGAAACAUGCAAUUAACUGUUCUGCCCUUGCGUUGGCAGGUGCCACCACACAGCCUCUGGCUCGGCAGGGAGCCUUGCGAGGGGAAGAGCAAGGAGGGGAAAAUCCAUGAGACUCGAUUCCAGCAGUGUAAGGCAAAGCCAGUUUUUAAAGGAGGCUGGGCCUCUGGUUAACACUUCACUGAGCAGGACCAAGGGAUGUUUCCCAAGGCAAAUCUCUGCACUCGCAGGCACCAGAGGCCAGGUUUGUUCUCCCUCUCUCAGUGCAAUAGUAAACUGAAGUAGUAUGGGUCAGGGGUUGGUGUGCUACCUAUAAUGCAGCAUCCCAGAAUGCCAUGCAGAGAAAGGAGAGCUGCUUCGCCAAGAAGGAGAGGUACAAGCUCUGCAGUUGCAGGAGAAAGAGAGCUUUUGCAUAGUCAGGCUCAGGAAAUGCACUGCGGGCAUUUACCCCCAAAGAGAGGACACAGGACUGGCUCCUUCCGCUUCUGUCACUCUUCUUGCAGCAGGAAGUCCAGACUCCCAGAGGAUGUAUUCCUGGGGGGAGGAGGUGAAACAGCAGGAAUGGACCCAUUGGAGAAGUGCAGCUGCUAUAGAAAAGGCCAAGUCUCAGGAUGAGAACUUUUUCUAAUUAUCCCCCCCCCCACACACACACACAUUUUUGGGGGCCUUCCCACAAAAAACCCAAAUCAGAACUGAUCGUUUGUACACAAAAAUCUGGGCGGGGGCCUCCUCCAAACAUCUCAAAAGAAAAGUUUUCCUGGAAAGUUUUGACCAAGAUUUCAGUGAGCAAGAUAAGGAGUUUGUUCUCAUCUCUCCUAGCACUGGGCUGCUGCUUACAGCAGGGUUGUGUAUACCCUGGAACCAGCACUCAUCACAGAUAGCUGGGGCAUUUCCCUGUCUCGGGCUUCGACUUCAAACUACCAUCUUUUGAAACCCUUAUCCCUUAUCUUUCUUUCCCUAAGAAUCCAGUCACUCAUAAAGGAGUUGCCACCAACCCCACGCUGUGGUAGAUAUAAAUUGAAGGCAGCGAGACCCUUUAAUACACCCCCUACUAGCACCAUAUUCCUCCCUACAACAGAUUUCCCCAGUGCUUUCUCUACACUAGAUUUAAAUCUCUCCAGACAGGACUCCCACUGCUUCUCUUGAGGGACUGUUCCAGCCUUAAUAGAUUGCAACGUCAGGGAGUUUUCCCCUGAUACUCAGCCAUAAUUCUUCUUCCCUUAUUUUUCAUUCCAUUACUCCCAAUUAUAUUCCCUUGCAUUGUUCUAUACAAUUUCCCUCCUGCCUUGAAUGUCAGCCAUGAACAAACAGGAGAAGCACACCACGUCCUGUCUCUACGCAGCAAAUUCUUACUGCAGGAGCUUGCUUUGGGGUACCAAAGAAUUAGGGUUUUAAAUGUGAACUGCAAAAAUACUGGCAUAAUAAAGGACACUUUUCUUAACAGAGCCAGCUUAACUAUUGGAAAAAAAAACAUGUUUGCUUCUAACCGAUACGUGGGAAGAAUCGCUGUCUUGUUACUGGUGCUCAAAGCUGCCAAUACCCGAUUCCAAAGGUUGCACUUUCUGCCCCCAAAUAGCUGAUAAUAUCCUAGCGCUCUGAACCAGCUCCCACUGCUCUCUGCUUCGGAUAACUGAGAUAUAGGGACAGUGUUGCAUUAAUAAGUCAGACACUGUCAGCUAGGGAAGGCAGGGGUGCUUCCUCACAGAGCUUACUUGCAAAAGUAGACACCGGGCAAAUGCGCUGUCCAUUGCACUUGUUCUAAAGUUGGCUGAGGACCUUAAAAAAAAAAAAAAUCACAUUUAGCCAAUAGUUUGCAGUGCCCCCUUGAAGAAGGCAAUACGCUACAAUCUAUAUUAGACGGAAGUGAAGCUGCAAAUAGGCAUCCAGUAGCACCCAAGCAGCAGGGCUUCUGAACAGAGGGCCUUAAUUCCAAGUUUAAAGCUAAUUUAAAAAUAUUGACACUUUUUUGCAUACUAAAUUUUCCCUUGUGGUUGUGAAUUAUCAAAAAUCAUUCCCCAUUUCUCUAGCCAGCCCUGUUGCUAGUUAAAUGCUCUAAUUGACAAGCAAAUGAUGUUUUUUUCAUUAAAAUUUUAAUCAACUGCACUGGAAUUGUGAUUUUGUAACUCAGGUGCUAGGCUUUACAGUUAACAAUGCCAUAAAACAAUAGUCAAACUUCCUUCCAAAUGAUGAUUUGCUUUUAGGGUCUCGGGAAGAAUAAUGAGCAGCAGUGUUGUUUCCUGAUGAGAUCUGGGGAAGGGUUAGAAGCAAAAUACCUAGAUCCUGUGCUUGGCUUUUUUUCCAGAUGGGUGAAUGAUCUGGAAAAGGUCAUACACCCCCAUCCUAACCCUGUUUACUCAGGUGUAAGUGUGGGUGAAAAUGCUUCCCUGAUUCUCAGGAAUACAGAGAAGCUCAGUUCAGCAGCCUGUUCUUUAGCAACCCUCACCUGAAAGGCGCUAGAGAAGGGAGAAGUAUUAUUACAUACAUUCGAGGUAACAACACUGUGCCAGAAAGAUUUCAGGUUGAUCAGUCAACAAGACCAAAUGAUAACUAAUUUGUGACAAAUUCCUGCCAAGUCUCGUCUUCAGUCAAUAGUUUGUUAUUUUUGUAUGUAUAUGCGUGUGCGUGCGCACUUCCUCUCAUUUUCAACUAGUGCUAGUCAAAGCAGGCUACAUAGCUGCGUGGGUGAGAGGUUAAUAACCAUACCAAGCGCUCUUCUCAGUUCUGUUGCAACUACGACCGGAGUUCCAGCUGGCUCCUCGGACCAAUGAAAUAUUUUACAACGCGCGUGUGAUGGUAUAUUUUUGAUAAUAAGCGAGACAUUCCAAUGCAAUGGUGUUUUCUUUAGAGGUUUUAUGUUGUUACGAGAAAUUCUCUUAACCUUAUGAUUUUCUAUUUCGGUACUAUAAAUGGGCUUUGCUUACCAACAUCACAAAAUGACCGAUACAAAAAUGUACUGUACAAAAUUGCAGGUAGAUUCAUUUGAGAACAACUUUCUAAAGAACUCUGAGUUUCUUGUCGUCUUCUUUUUGAAUUGUAGUGCAUAUGUUGCAACUUGUAUAUCAUUUACAGUAUUGAGUCUUGUGCCACUGCUGUACCUGAUGUAUCCAAUCUGGAUUAAACGGAGUAUGUGCCACAAAUGCUAA